AGAGACUCAAUUUCACUUCACGACGCGCUGUGGGGCACAGCUCACACCAAGCACUAAAAACAUAAAAUAGUCGUAUAUUACUAUAAGGAUUAAUCGUUGGGUUAUGUCAAAAGGCACUCGAUCCCCGAGGAUCUGAACGGAAUCGGACGGAAGGGUUUUACGCGGACGGAUAUUGUGUUUUCGUUGGACGAUGUCGGAAGAGAUGAAGACUUGGAUCUGCGACCCAAACACGGAUGGAAAAGACAAGACUAGUUUCUUUCGGCAAUAACAUCGGGAAAUCCAAAUCGAGCCUUUUUUGAAGGAAGGUACAUCCAGAGACCCCCGCACGAGCCGUGAAGACGCAGAGUGGGGUUCAGAGACACGUCGUGGUGGUGUUGUUUUAAUAACUCGGUUUCGACCAUGAGAGUUUGAGACAUGCAUGUGAAGUUCCGCAAGAUCUAGAACAGAGAUCGUUUCUCGUUGUAUGUUUUACAUUCGUUGUGGACCAAAGUUUGACCGCAGUAACUGAUUUCUGUGCGUUUCGUCGGACCACGUUUUGUGGACCCAUCGAGUCUUUCUGUUUUUUUUUUUUAGAAAAAGGAAACACGGAUUGCUUUAGUUCACAUUUGCUUAUUUCCUUUCUAGCGCCACCCCUCAUGUGCAGUUCAGCGAUAUUUCAACAUUUUGUGUACAACGUAGAUUAACAGUAAACACGUCGCGCUCUAAGGAAACACAAUAGACUCUAUCACACACACAUCUGUCUGUUCAUGUGAAUGUUAGACUUUGCUUUAAUUGGCUUGUGGGAUCAGGGAAGUCUACUCGGAUCAGUGCGUUAUAAGCGAGAGGAGGGACUGGCAGAUCUCAACCAUCCAAACUACAGAAAUGGAGAUUUCUUUGUGAUAUAAACAGGAUAUAUAGACAUACGCUAUAUACGCAUUUUCUGUUGAGAUCUUGACGGAUACUCUGGUUAAGAAAACAAUUCCGUUGCUGUCGCAAUAAUAGCUCUUAUUUAUGUUUCCUCAACCACUGGGCUUUUGCUUCCCACCAUCUUGACGCAUUUUAAGAAGGGCGAUACACGUUAGUCGUAUUAUUUGUGGUUUGUUUGUAUGCUGUCAGCUGAUAAAUGAAUCAAAACGGAACAUUGGCGCAUGCUAACUUACUCGUCCAUUUCAUGAUUUAUUUCUUCAAGUGAGCUGGCUUGCUUUUUAUGCGAAUAUCUUCAGGAUGUUAUCUAAGGUCUUGUUCAGCGUGCGUCUAUAUCAAGGCGAAUAUUGAUUUUGAAAGACUCUCGCAUCGCUUUGAACGCAUUUGGUGUUUUUUGGUUAAGGGGCUUUUUGUUUUAAGGGCCUUGGUUUCAUCCCCAACACAAAAGGCUUCCAUGCAGGCUCGGUAGUUAACCAGCCAUCGCUGUCAUUUCCACGCAUCUGCACGCGCCGUGGAUCAGAUCGAUUUUUUUACGGUAGUUGGUGAGUUUCUCGCGUUAAACUCAUCCAAGGGGGGCGAAUGGUGGUGGUGGGGGUCAUCUGCUGCUCAGAAUCUCUUUAUCGAUAUCAUCAUCACCAUCUUGAAUUAUUAUUUUGAAGAUUUCCGGAACACUUUCCCACUGUAGAAGAAGCCAUUUCUGCAAUUGUAGCGGACCUGAGGACGACGUUACUGCAUAUAUAAGGACCGUAUAGAUAUAUUUCGUUUUGUGAAUGUUUUUUUCGAGUGUUAUCGGCCACGAUGGCUAAUUUUUGAGACGCUUUGAGUGGGGAAAAAGACGCCGAUCAAAGGACCGCGUCUGGAACCGAUGUUCGCGCCUCGCUCGCGCAUCGUCUUCGCCGCUGCUCCCGCGUUCGUCUUGUGCUGAGUCCGCGCGCCGCCGCUCCCAGAGCGCGCGUCACCGUCCGUCCCCUCACGGCUGGUUCUGGUACCGUUAGCGACUCGGUUCGACCCCACAGGGCUCGAAGAUGGCGGACCUCGAAGCGGUUCUCGCCGAUGUCAGCUACCUGAUGGCGAUGGAGAAGAGCAAAUCGACUCCAGCGGCCCGGGCGAGCAAGAAAAUCAUCCUCCCUGAACCCAGUAUUCGAAGCGUCAUGCAGAAGUACCUGGAGGAACGGGAUGAACUGACCUUUGACAAGAUCUUCAACCAGAAGAUUGGCUUCCUCUUGUUCAAGGAUUUCUGCAUGUGCGAGAUUGAUGAAGCCAUCCCACAGCUGAAGUUUUAUGAGGAGAUUAAAGAGUAUGAAAAGUUGGACUCUGAGGAGGAGAGGCUGACUCGCAGUCGACAGAUUUACGACGUCUACAUCAUGAAGGAGCUUCUGUCGUGUUCACACCCCUUCUCAAAGAAAGCAGUUGACCACGUCCAGACUCACCUAGCAAAGAAACAAGUUCCUCCAAAUCUCUUUCAGCCAUACAUUGUGGAAAUCUGCGACAGUCUUCGAGGAAUGAUCUUUCAGAAGUAUAUAGAAAGUGACAAGUUCACUCGUUUCUGUCAGUGGAAGAAUGUAGAGCUCAACAUCCAUUUGACAAUGAAUGAUUUCAGCGUGCAUCGAAUCAUCGGCAGAGGAGGUUUUGGAGAGGUGUAUGGAUGCAGAAAGGCUGACACGGGGAAAAUGUAUGCCAUGAAGUGUUUGGAUAAGAAACGGAUCAAAAUGAAACAGGGUGAAACGCUGGCGCUCAAUGAGAGGAUCAUGCUGUCACUGGUCAGCACAGGGGACUGCCCUUUCAUAGUGUGUAUGACAUAUGCCUUCCACACCCCGGAUAAACUGUGUUUCAUUCUGGACUUGAUGAACGGUGAGAACCUUCACUAUCAUCUGUCUCAGCACGGGGUCUUCAGUGAGAAGGAUAUGCGCUUUUAUGCCGCAGAGAUCAUCCUGGGCCUCGAGCACAUGCACAAUCGAUUCGUCGUAUACAGAGACCUCAAGCCUGCCAACAUCCUGCUGGAUGAACACGGACACGUCCGUAUCUCUGACCUGGGCCUGGCCUGUGAUUUCUCCAAGAAAAAACCUCACGCCAGUGUCGGUACCCAUGGCUACAUGGCACCUGAGGUUCUGCAGAAAGGAACGGCGUACGACAGCAGCGCCGACUGGUUCUCUCUGGGAUGCAUGCUCUUUAAACUCUUGCGAGGACACAGUCCAUUCAGACAGCAUAAGACCAAAGACAAACACGAGAUCGACCGCAUGACACUUACCAUGAAUGUGGAGUUGCCCGACACUUUCUCACCUGAACUCAAGUCUCUUCUGGAAGGACUCUUACAGCGAGAUGUCGCCAAAAGAUUGGGCUGUCUGGGGCGGGGGGCAUCAGAGGUGAAGGAACAUGAGUUCUUCAAAGGAAUCGAUUGGCAGCAGGUCUAUCUUCAGAAGUACCCUCCACCCCUCAUUCCUCCAAGAGGAGAGGUCAACGCCGCAGACGCCUUUGACAUCGGCUCCUUUGAUGAAGAGGACACCAAGGGAAUAAAGCUAUUAGACAGCGAUCAGGAGCUGUAUAAGAACUUUCCUCUGGUGAUCUCGGAGCGCUGGCAGCAAGAGGUGGCAGAGACGGUCUACGACGCCGUCAACAGCGACACGGAUAAGAACGAAAUGCGCAAACGGGCCAAAAACAAGCAGCAGGGCCAUGAGGAGGAUUACGCUCUGGGGAAGGACUGCAUCAUGCACGGCUACAUGCUGAAGCUGGGAAACCCAUUCCUGACGCAGUGGCAGAGAAGAUAUUUCUAUCUGUUCCCCAACCGCGUGGAGUGGAGAGGAGAAGGAGAAUCCAGACAAAACCUUCUGACCAUGGAGCAGAUCGUGACUGUUGAGGAGACGCAGAUCAAGGACAAGAAAUGCAUUCUGCUGAGGAUCAAGGGAGGGAAGCAGUUUGUCCUCCAGUGUGAGAGUGACCCAGAGUUUAUUCAGUGGAAGAAGGAACUCACAGAAGCGUUCACCGAAGCUCAGAAGCUGCUCCGUCGUGCCCCCAAAGUCAUCGGCAAAGGCCGAACCAACGUGGUGGAACUGUCCAAACCUCCGCUCACCCACCGUAACAGCAAUGGCCUGUGAGCCGCCCCCCGUCCCAGCCACCCAUCACCACCACCACCGCCUGUCCAUCCUCUUCAUCGUCACACACUCACGCUCUCUCAACUCUCUCACUGUCCGGCGUCAUCAAGCUUCCUGAAAUGCGCCCGAAGAAGCAUCAGCUGGAUUUGUACCCUGUGGUUUCCUGCUGUUUGUCAAUCACACACACACACACACACACAUGUAUUUACAUAUUUCUGCAACUUGACACGUCGGGGUGUUCGACACUCCAGGAUAAUGUUAGAGAACAAUCACAAGUUCAAUGCUGAGUCUUAAGAUGGUGCAGGCUGGGAUACUGCACCGCCUCGUUUGAGCACAUCACUCUCUCUCCUGUUCACCCAACACACGCUCUGGUGUGAUGUCAGCGUCCACCUAAAAAACUCUUUACCCAGCAUGCUACAGAAGGACGAUCUCUCAAAAGACAAAGGCUUUAAAGAUUUCACCCCUGUUGUCUUUCGUGGAAGUGCUGCGGCCGUGUCUGUUCGUGUGGCGUGUGCUCCCUCUCGACGCUGUGACCGCAUGACAUGCAUGGGCACGCCCAUCCUGCAGUUCCUGAUAAACAGGCUCUCCCGUACCUGUAAAGACUCACCGCUGAGUUCAAGAAACUGAGAUGAGUGUCGUGCACGUUCAGGCUGCGCUCGCAAGUGUACAAAUGAGAGAUUGUGUUUGUCCAUUGACUGUUUUUGGUGCUCACUCCCUGUAAAGACCAAACCGAGUUGGAGCGCUCACGUGCAUAAAGGUGUUGUUGCUUUGUAAAGGCACGGCCGGGUAUUUGGAUGAAUUCCUUUUUUUUUCACCUUGAAUGUAUUUUGUUUGUUUGUGAAGGGAGUGAUUUACGCUGCUUGACGACCGGAGACACACCCCCUACACCCAACUCUCACUCGCAGAAGUGCAAAAAGUGCCAAUGAAAUGAACCGUUUAACUCGAGACGCUUCACGUCACGCGAUCGGACCCUGCAUACAGUGUUGUGAACGCGCAGAUUAAGACUGAACCCGUCGCUCGGGUGAACUCUGAUGCGUGAUGUCUUGGUUCGAGGGACCACUUGGAGAAGAAGGCGACGGCAGCAUCCUUUCUUUUCUCCCACUGUGUAUAUACGAGCCCUUCCUUUCUCUGUGCAUCUACAGUAUAAUCUACUUGACAAUGUUUGCAUAUGUGGCGAAUUCUCUGUCUGCCUGUCUGUGUUCGUCCCUGUGUCUCAGCUUGGGGGCGGGGCAGGGGUGGGCGGGGUUCACAUCUGUCGUUCACGUGCACGCCUCGGUGUCAUCUCACAAUGAGGUGUCGUCCAGGUUUAGCGAGAUGUGCGACACGUCAUCCGUUCACAGGCAGACAGACUGUUAUGUCAGGUGUGAGAUGAUGGUGUGGGGUGUUUGCAUGCACAGGUGUUCGGAAAGGUGGGACAACUUUAAACCAAUGGUCGUAAGGCUUGAUUUGAAACCAGUUUCAGUUUUUAUAUUGUUUUGAAUGUGACUCAUAAUGCAGAUUUCUGUGUGUUACGUGCGUUUAUUUUGCUCCAUUUUUUUAAAUGGUGAGACGAGCGCACAGGCACGAGGUGAUUUUAAAGACUAUAAAAGCAUUUUUGUUCCUUCGUGUAUAUUCAGGUUCAGUUUUUCAUGCAGUAAUUUAAUUUUCUUUCUCGAUGACUCAUGAUUCAUGCGUUUCCAUUGAUUUGUGAUUUGCAUGUGACCUUGCAAAGAAAUGGCAGGGUUUUGAGGGUCCAUCGGUUAACGUAGCCUUCGAGUGUCGGGGAGGUGCCACUCGAUAUCCUCACUGCACUUUUACACCACGCUUCACGAGCUGUCCAGAAAUGAUGUGCCAAAUGACUUCAGGAGAGUGUCCUGAACCAAUGCCCUCGCCCGCUUCAUUUCCACACCAGAUGUUGGUACUUUAAAGCAGGCAAGCGAUGGGGAUUUUGGGUACACAAAUGUGACCAAAUUCAGGUGAUGCGGACCGAACGUUUUGACUGCUAUCUGCAAGCCUGUUUCUCAAAAAGAGUGGCACCUUCGCCGGUCCUAAAUAUCCAUGUUUUAUUCAGGGGUUUUAUAUUUUUAUUUUAACGGUAGCUUUUCAUUCGCUCGCUCAGUGUUUGGCUUCUUUCGGUCGCUUGUGUGUCUUUUCCGUAGCCGUGAAUUGAUCUGGCGAAUCCAGGUUUGGCGAAACGGAAGAGGAUAAAUAGGAUUAAAGAAAAAGAAACCAUGGAAAUCUAAGUAUAUAUAUAUGUGUAUAUGAAAUCAAAACAAAUGAGCUUAGGUUUAUUUAAACAAUUUUGCAAUGUAGAAACUAAAGUGGUUUUGGGGAAGGGACGGGGUUCGAUGUGAAUUCAACUGUUUGUGGUGAAGAAUCAGCUGAGUUCUUGCACAUAAGCGUUUAGAUAUUGUACCUUACGAGUUACAGAUGAUUAUUUUUGUUUGUUGAAUACAGGAUUCUGCUCUCUUUCAUAUUUAUUGUCUGGUCGGGGAGCAGCGGAGCCCAGCUGUGUGUGGGGGUCUGCCGAGGGCACGGGGCUGUCGAGAACCCAAACUCUUUUUCAUGUGCCACAAACAAACGCAAAUACUACUGUCCGGGGUUCUUAACGUUACCGUUAUGAUGAUGAUGAUGAUGAUUAUUGAUAAUAUUCAAAGAAUGACAAUUGUUAUUAAAAUUCUUUUUUGUCCCAGAACAGCUAGGAACAUGUGUGUUGGACUGCUCAUAAAACCAGUUCACAAAUAAAAGCCCCUUUUUCGUGUCACUCUGUUGUGUCCAUGUUUGUUGUACUUCAUCGUAUAAAACUGCAUCGUUUCUAGAUUUAUUGUGUUUCUUGAAGAACCAGAUGAACAAACAGCAAGUGUUUGUUUUAGAGACAUCAGUUAACUUGUGAUGCAGAUUAUUAUAGGAGUUAUGAAUGAAUCCUGUUCUAAUCACAUCAUGUCCUCCAUCAAUAA